AUGUUUUGUGACGUCAUCCGAUCAGUUGCAGGAGUUGAUGUCGUCACGAUCAAAAAAGAAGGUGGUCGUUUGGAGGCACGCCUGACUGGAUUCCGUGGUGGAGAAGGCAUUCUGGAAAUGGCUCAGCGUAAAGGACAAAAUCCAAAAUUGUUGGCGAUCAUGACCGGACUGCAGGAGAACAGGGGACUUGUCUGCUUAUCCCUGUUGACAAACGAAUUGCCCGUACGUUCAUUUUUGCAGAACUUCCAUUUGGUCUAUGCUCCUGAUGUUGAAUUGACGUCGUGCUAUAAAGCCGGUAUUCUGAAGGAUCACCAAGGGAAAAAACUUAUCACAAUCGACAGUGAUAGCAGAGGCAUGGCCAUACAGCCCUGGACAGAGAUUGACUUCCACAUACUUGACGACGCAGUCAUCGAUAAAGUAAUACUUGUUGUCGAAGCUGGGACCUCAAAUGUGGUUGACUGUGGGAAACUGCAAAUUCAUGGCAAUGUUUCCGAUUGGCAAAAUGCCAUGAACGGAGGUCCUGUCACCACCCUCCGGAUUACCAUCACGUAUUUGGUCGCUGUACUGGUGGCAUUGUUGAUUUUUGCAUAG